AUGUGCACCAGCGGCCAGAUUAUUGGAAGCCUCCUGCUGCUCUCCGUGCUGGAGAUAGGGCUGGGGGCGUCCAGCGUGGCCGUGGGGGCGGUCAGCUUCAGCCUGGCCCUCCGAGAGCACAAGCCGCAGCUUGGAGACUCGUCCCCGGUAUGGAGCGGGGUGUGUUUUCUUCUUUGUGGCAUAUGUGGAAUAUUGUGCGCCAAAAAAAAAUCUGGACUUGUCAUGAUCCUCUUUUCCGCCUGCUGCAUCUGCGGGCUCAUUGGGGGCAUCCUGAAUUUUCAGUUCCUCCGGGCAGUGACGAAGAAGACCUCUUCCCUCUACCCCCUGCAUCUCGCCUCCAUGUCUCUCGCAUGCAUUGGGAUCGGAGGCUGCACCCUCUCUUCGUGGCUCACUUGUCGACUAGCCAGCUAUGAACAGAGGAGGAUGUUCUCAGAAAGGGAGCAUUCUCUACAUCACUCUCAUGAAAUGGCUGAGAAAGAAAUGACAGACAACAUGAGCAAUGGAGGACCACAGCUGAUAUUUAAUGGAAGAGUAUAA